AGACACUCAGGUUGUGUUUGGGCAAAUUACACAUCUGUAUAUCCGAAUAUAAUUCACAAUGAUAGCUAAGUACAACGGUUAAAUGUGUGCAGAAUCAGAAAGUUUUUGCCUAAGCACAAUCUUGGAGUAUCGUUAAAGAUGAAUUCUAUGAAUCCAAAUGCUACAUCUAAAGCGAACGCUCACAAAGUUACCAAGACUAUUGUCACAUCUCCAUGUAUUUAUAAACCCGUUGGGCCUUACAGCCAAGCAAUUCUAGCUGAUAGAACACUCUACGUGUCGGGGCUACUGGGCAUGGACCCUCAGGCACAGUUGGUAUGCGGUGGCGCCGAAGCUCAAGCGCGGCAGGCGCUCGACAACUUGAAGCUCGUGCUAGAGGCGGGCGGCGCGUCUCUACAUUCCGUCGUGAAAACUACAAUCUUGCUCGCUCGGAUGGACGACUUCCAAGCCGUAAACCAGGUUUAUGCAGAAUGUAAGUCUGCAAAAACAAAAAAAGAUUCUGACGAAUUGGAGGACUUCCUCCUUUUUGGGAAGUCGGUUAGAUAAUACCACUCAUUACCACU